GCCCAAAUGUGGUUGUCUCGAAAACGGGCCCGAUCUUUUUUUUUAACUUUUUUUUUUCUUGCUCUUAUUCUUUCUCGUGCAAUCCCGCAUCAGAGACGUAUGACGAAUUUCUACUUGUAGGAAGCACGAUCAAUGUCAUUCCAUUCGUCAGGAGCUGAUCUUACCGCUGCGCCGGUCACGCCUGCGCAACUCGCUCACUUUCUUAAAGAAGCACCCACCGUCUACAAAAACAAGCUACAUCGAGGCGCGAAACGCCAGAUUCUGACCAAUUGUUACCGCGCAUUAUGGAGCAACAACUUGUCGUGGAUGCAAAAAUACUUUUUCAAAGAAGGAUUGUCUGAAAGCGAAAAUCUGUCGACAUUGCUAGAAAAAUACAACUUGUUUGACAGCAACGAUGAUGCCUCGGCGGUCGUGGCCACCAAUCCGGAUAACGUUCUCAUCGACACUUCGGCCGGUAGCCCCGAGUACUGGGAAAGUCAACGUGGCAAGCAAUGUGGCCAUUUGUUUAAAAAAGGCGAAAGUGUCUAUCGCUGCAGGAAUUGCGGCCUUGACGAUACCUGUGUCAUGUGUUCUCGAUGUUUCCAUGGCACUCAACAUGAAGGUCACGAUGUCAAGAUUUGGAUUAGUCGCGGUGGCGGUUGCUGCGAUUGCGGUGAUCCCGAAGCUUGGAAAAUCCCUUUACACUGCGCCAUUCACAGUCCACACGCUUCCGGUCCUUCCACCGCCGCCGAACCAACCCCUGCACUGGAUCUUUUAACAUCGGUGCCUGCCGAACUACUAGCUUCGGUCAAAGAAACCAUCGCCGUGGUCAUUGAUUACAUGCUUGAAACCUUUGCUACGUCGCCCGAAGAUGUGUCACCUACCAAUUUGCACGAUAUUCAACAGGAUUGCGAAGAUUCGCACAAAGCCCUGCAUAUACCGAUUGCCAAUGCCGCCGAAGGUCAACGCCAAAUGUACGCUUGUGUGUUAUGGAACGACGAAAAGCAUUCCUUUGACGAAGUCAUUUCCAUCGUUGUACGUUCGAUUGGAUGCGCCAAGCACGAAGCAAUCAAGAUUGCCGAAAAUGUGGAUGCUUAUGGUCGUACCACAAUCAAAAUCUCAGACGACGUGGCCGAGUUGCUAGAGAUCGCCCAGCGAAUUCAUUCCAUCAAGCUGGCCGUCACGAUCCGGUCAAUUCAGAAUACGCUACGUGAAGAGAUUUGUGGAAUUUUACUGGAUUGGCUCAAGGAUCUCAUUGGUGGACGAUAUAAAUUCUUUAGCCACGUUCAAGGCGGCAAUUGCAUUAUGCGAGAUACGGUGUGUGAAGUGCUGUGUGAAGACUGGUCACUUCGUUCCGACCUGGCGGCGUUAUCCACCCGAUCACGACGAGGACGCAUGGUGGAAGAAGAUGAUAGUUUCGCCAGUGCCGAUGAUGGUCCAGAAGAUGGGUUUACCGACGAAGAAUUGGAAGAUGCUCCGAAUAUCAUGAAUGAAGUGAACCAGCUGCAAUUUAAUAACGACGGCAAUGAGUUUGUGAUCACCAACGAGGAUGUCCAAGACUUUUUCCAAGAGUUACCGUGGAUCAUCCGCCAAGUGGAAACCCAGCGUGAUCAUAAUGAAGAUGAAGAAGAAGAUGACGAAUUGAAUGAUCAUGAAACUUUUCGCGAAGUCGAAAACGAGGACGAUGACGACUUAAACGGUCCUGAAGUGUUUCGUGAAAUCGUGAAUGAGGACGAACACGACGACGACGAAGAGAUUUACGAUCAUUGGGAAUCCUCUUACGAGCAGUACGCCGAAUCGCCGGAUGCCGAAAUGCACGACGACGACGAAGACGAGGAUUCGAUGCACGAACACGGUGUGGAUAAUGAUGUGGAAAUGAACACUGUUGACCGUGCAUUCACCGUGCCUUCUCGAUCGUCUCUUCGUACCACCACUGAACACACGGCGGGAUCGCAGUCGAGUCAACCGUCUUCGCAACCAAAAUCUGUCAAGCCACGUUCAUCAAAGCAUUCACGGGAUAUUAUUGACCUUGACUGGGAUUUGGACGCUUGGUUAACACAUGUGGAGCAUUUGGAGGCAGAAGAGAUCGCGAUCGCUUCGUCGCUUCACGUACCCGUCAACACAACCAAAGGUUCCAUGAAAGAAGCCAACGACCUACUCAAGAAAGAAUUCAAACGUAAAUUGCGCUUGGAUUAUUUACUGCAGUAUGAUUUACGGUUGUGGAAAAGCGCUCGCGCCAGUAUCAAGGACCUUCUCAUUGGCACCCUCAUUUCCAACUUUGACUAUCGCCGUGCUCUCGGUACGCGUUAUGCUCGCAAUUACCCAGAAUUAGUGGAUGCCUUCUUUUUCAAAGAUCGCGAACCGGAGCAUUCAGUAAGCACACUUUCGGUUCAACUGUUGACCGUGCCGACGGUGGCCUCGAUGCUGGUGAAGGAGUACAAAUACUUUGGCAUUGUGUGUUCAAUUCUCGCCAAUUUCUUUUUAACCGACGAUAUCCAUAUGCUACUCUCGGACGAGUAUCGCCACAUGCAAGUGGACUGUUUGUCACGGUCAAUUACUCGCCAUCGUUACGCGUACACGUUCCUUGAUCUCCGUUAUGUUUUAAAUGCGGAUCCCGUGAAACUCGAAGUGACCCAAAGUCCAUUGUACCUGCGUCAUUUUAUCGACAUGUUGUUCCAGUUCCAGGGAAUGGAUCCCAUUGAACGCGAAAAGUUUAUCCACGUGGAAUAUGAAGCCAAUGCGUGGGUGAGCGCAUUCAAUGUAACAUUACAAAUCUCCAAGCUGUGUCGCCAGUUUGCCGACUGCUUUGCUCUAUCACAAGACACGCUGUCGCCCGCGGAAGUAUCGCGCAAUCUUUGCCGUUCCGUGUAUCGGUUACUGAAAGCUAUUGCGGACUGGUCUCCGCGACUGGCCAAUCGCGAUAAAGAUUCUACUCAUACCAACCGCAAGCGACCCCUCAUCCGAGGCGUGCACCAGCAACGAUACCAUCAAGUCAACUUUGCGCAAUCCGGCACGUUUGAAGUGGUAGAAUACGACGUUUCCACCGAACCUGUGUCAUUUCAUCACCCUUUCCACUGGCUUUUAUCCGAAAUUCUUGAACAUGUGACCCUGUUUCGCGACGAAUUACUAUCCGAGAAUGGCUGGCAUUACGGUUUCAAAAACAUGAUGCAAGCUGUGUUCCGAGAGGAACCCCAUGACUUGGUCUUGACAAUUCUGGAUUAUCCCAUCCGAACCAUGGUGAUGCUCUCACAAAUCAACAGUGGUGUAUGGGUACGCAACGGAUACGGUGUGCGAAAUCAGGCUCGCACUUAUCGAGAUGUCAGUGUGCGUGAGAAUACCUAUGAUCGUGAUAUCUAUCUUUUACAAAUUGGUUUUGUGGCUACCAAUCCUAGCCAAUUGCUGGCGACCAUGUUGGAUCGAUUCGAUAUUGUGGCAUGGUUCAAUGGACGACCGGACAAACAGCAUGAGGCUUACGAUGCGAAUCAAAAGACCUACAUUGUCGAAGAGUUCCUCAACCUGCUGAUUAUCUGUGCCACGGAACGCGGCUUUGCUUCGGGCAUGUCGGUUGAACACCGCAUUCAUCGAGCAAUUGUCCAGUACCUGGGAAUCUCCGGUAUGGCGUAUUCCGAGCUUCUGAAAAUGAUUCCCGACAGCUUGAGCGAGCAUGAAUCGUUUGAAUCCCAGCUGAGCGCUUUGGCCAAUUACAAGGAACCCGAUGGUUUGACCGAUCACGGUAUCUACGAACUCAAGGAAGAAUAUCAUGACGAAAUCGAGCCUUACUAUUGGCAUUACACACGUAAUCAACGCGAGGAAGCGUUUGACGCGCGCCGAAAACGAUGGAAGCAGCAACAUCCGGACCAGAAACUCGAUGAUAAAGAGGAAUUUUUCAUUGUACCUGAAGCCCACAAAAUUGGAUUUGGACCUUUCAAGUACCUUGGCAACUUUUUACACACGCCAUUGUUCUGCCACAUUCUCGUUCACGCCUUGUGGCAUCCUCAGUUGAAUCAGUCGACGGCCAGUGACACCAUCAUUGAUGAAGCGCUUCACUUGGCCCUCCUUGCCAUUGUCGAUCAGAACAACGUGAUUGCUGAACAGACGCGUGCCUCGGCCAAAGGUAAAUCGCGUGCGGACACGGCCAUUGACGCGUUGCGUGGAUUUGUACAGAAUGCAACCGAGCAUGGUGUAUCGAUAGUCGUGGAUUUGGAGCGACAAAACGUGACUUUACUGGAUGUUCUUCUGAAGCGUUUGGAGGAUCCGGAAUACCGACACAUUCACAAACGGUGCAAUUACAUUGUCCAUUAUCUUGAACAGCAUGCAUCGGAUGAUAUCAGGUACAAGUUUGCGCAAUGGCGCAGCGCACGCUAUACCGGCAAUGGUCCAACGGAGGAUGAUCGUAAAGCGAGCGAUGCUCAGGCCGAAUAUGAACGCAAAAAGGCGGCGGCCAAAGCACGCCAGGCUGCCAUCAUGUCUCAAUUCGCGCAAGCUCAAAACCAGUUCAUGUCUCAGUAUGGUGAAGAAUAUGAGGAUGAAGAUGAAAGUGACUAUGAGCAAGAAUUUGAAGAAGAGACUCAGGCGACGCAGAUCGUGGCUCCCGACGGCGAGCUUGAACUUGAACGUAUCUGCCACUUCCCCUCCGGCACUUGCAUCGUGUGUCAAGAAGAAUUGGAUCGGUCCAAGCUGUAUGGUAUGCUAGGCUUGGUGCAAAAGUCGCACAUCCUGCGCCAAACUCCUUUGAACAAUCACGAUGUGUUGUCGGACAUCCUUGAUACCUGCCAAGGCAUCGAUCCAACCGAAGAGAACAAUAACCUGGAAACGCUCCAGUACAAGAAAACCGAUCUUCGCGGCUUCCCGUCGGACGAGCAUGUGGCGGGACUCCACGUUUCUUCGUGUGGUCAUUUGAUGCAUGCGGAAUGUUUCGAAAACUAUCAAUCGUCGGUGGCCAAUGAGACUCCCAGCGCCCUGCGUGCGCUUUUGCCGGACAGUGGAAGAAAACGGUUCCUCUGUCCACUGUGCAAGGCGCUAGGUAACACAUUACUGCCUAUCGUCUGGAAAGGCAAGAAGGAAUCGUACCCUGGCGUGCUUCGUUCGCGUGAACCGUUUGAAUCCAUUUCACAGCACGGUCAAGAUCUUAUCAGCCAGUUGUGUGAACAAGUCAAACCGAAUCCGACGGACGAAAUUCCUGGCUCUUUUGGCGCUGCUGAGCAGGCCAGCCAAGAUCUGCGACACGAUGAUCCUCAUCUAGCCGUGUCGGAUUUAACGGAACUGAAACGACUGUAUUUCCGAUUCAUGACGAUUAUUAAGUUACGAAAUGGACGCAUCAUCACUGGCCCGGAAGACAUGCAUCUUCGAUGUGCUUUGGAAGAACUUUUCGACAUGUAUGCCUACACCAUUUCGGCUGUGGAAAUUGCCCAGCGCGGGGUCAAGGAGUCGAGUGCCAAGGAUUUGACCGUCGAACACACCGGUACCUUCCUAGACGGCAUUUCCACGCAAACCCAGAUGCUGUUGAAGGUGCUGUCAAAGACGAAUCGCGUCCUGCCGCGGAUGGUGGAGCCGCUGUACAAAGUCAAGGAACGCCACGCUCUCAGCCGAUUACAACUCAACGCGUUGAUGCAAGUGUUCCCGUCGCCCGAUUCGGGGAGCAUGGAGGAUGACGGUAGCUACAUGCCGUUGUUGGCCGAUGAUCCUUUCCGAGUGUUCAAUAUUCUCAGUUUCACAUUGACCGAUGACACCAUGGAUAUCCAUCACAUUCUUCGACUGCUUUACCUUGCUGAACUGGUCAAGGUGACCAUGACCCUCCUCCAGAAACUCCCGGAAGAAGAGUUGCUGAAGGAUGCCAAACUGAGCGACAAGUUGCGAUCGCUGCAACAACGCCCUCUGCACGGUGAACAAGGGCCACGUGGAUUUGCUGCAUGGUUGAUGGGAUCGCUGGACGUACCUGCUUCUGUAGCACAGCAAUUCUUUGACAAAAUUGGCGGCAAUGCAUUUGCGGCCAUGGUGCGCACAUUUACGUUACCUUUCCUUCGAAAGUGUCUGUUACUCAUGGUGGUACAUCACGGUUUUGUGCUGCAAAACCCGCAAGACGCCAAGCAUUUGAUCGCAGAUAACGAAUAUGAUCGUCUCGUUGAAAUCAUGGGACUGCCUGAUUUUGAAAGCGUUUUCAACGUCUCGACACAGGAACAAUCGCUGAUUGAUCACUGGUGCCGCGAUUUCAACCUGCGGGUCAAGCAUCAAGAUCCCUUGGGUGAGCCUGUACGUCUAUCGUUGAACUUGCCAACUGUCUAUUCUUUACUGUCUCUGCCGUACCGUAUGGACCAGCUGUUUGACGAAAGUCUGCGGCGUGCGUGCCGAAAUUGCGGCACGUUGCCCGAAUAUCCCGCCCUCUGUCUCAUGUGUGGCACCUUUGUGUGCUCUCGACGGUUCUGCUGUUCCCAAAAUGACAUGGGCGAGUGCAACACGCACAUGUUACUUUGUGGCGGUGAAGUCGGUAUCUAUAUGGUGGUAAAAGAAUGCUUUGUCUUGCUACUCCAUGACAAUGGUGGCACGAUUAUGAGUGCGCCCUAUUUGGAUACACACGGUGAAGUUGAUUUAUUCCUAAAGUAAGUGUGCUGGCAUGGAUGUGUAUGUUUUCACGUGGAUUGAUGAAUUUGAAUGAUGCAUAGACGUGGUACACCUCAGUAUUUGA